CUUCCGCUUCCGGGUCGCACCUUCUCUUCGGGCCGCCGCCGGCAAGAUGGUGAACGUCCCGAAAACGCGCCGCACCUACUGCAAGAAGUGCGGCAAGCACCAGCCCCACAAGGUGACGCAGUACAAGAAGGGCAAGGACUCGCUCUACGCCCAGGGGAAAAGACGCUACGAUAGGAAGCAAAGUGGCUACGGCGGCCAGACGAAGCCCAUCUUCCGCAAGAAGGCUAAGACCACAAAGAAGAUAGUGCUAAGGCUGGAAUGUGUGGAGCCCAAUUGCAGGUCCAAGAGGAUGCUGGCCAUUAAGAGGUGUAAGCACUUUGAACUGGGAGGAGACAAGAAGAGAAAGGGCCAGGUGAUCCAGUUCUAAGCUCCAUCGUACUCAUUGUUAUGGACCAUAUUAAAGUAUUUGGAAACACUC